GGCGCGGCGCCCAAUCGCGAAGGCGCGGCGCCCAAUCGCGAAGGCACAGCGCCCUGUCGGUCGUGUUAGCCUUGCCUCGCCAGUGAAGGAGUCGGGUGAGCGCUCGCCUAAGGAGGCAUUGGGCUCCUCCGAGUCGAGGGACCCGGGCCGUCACCCGCAGAAAUCGAGUGACCAAGAGCAGCACCCGCCGAACAUGGCGCCCUGGACGCUGUGGCGCGGCUGCCAGCGUGUGGUGGGCUGGGUGCCGGUGCUCUUCAUCUUCUUCGUGGUGGUCUGGUCGUACUACGCGUACGUGGUGAAGCUGUGCGUGUAUACUAUUUCUAGAGAUGAGAAAGGAAAGACCGUUGUUUACCUUGUGGCUUUCCAUCUGUUCUUUGUUAUGUUUGUAUGGUCCUAUGGGAUGACAAUAUUCACAACUCCCGCUACCCCCUCCAAAGAGUUCCAUUUGUCCAAUUCAGAAAAGGAGCGUUAUGAAAAGGAAUUUAGCCAAGACAGACAACAAGAAAUUUUGAGAAGAGUAGCAAGAGAUUUACCUAUCUAUACCACCUCAGCUUCAAAAGCUAUCAGAUACUGUGAAAAAUGUCAGUUGAUCAAACCUGAUCGGGCGCAUCACUGCUCUGCAUGCGACACAUGUAUUCUUAAGAUGGAUCAUCACUGCCCAUGGGUGAAUAACUGUGUGGGAUUUUCUAAUUACAAAUUUUUCCUGCUGUUUUUGUUGUAUUCCCUAUCAUACUGCCUUUUCGUGGCAACAACCGUUUUAGAAUACUUUAUAAAAUUUUGGACGAAUGAGCUGGCAGAUCCACAUGUAAAAUUCCACGUGCUUUUCCUGUUCUUUGUGUCUGCAAUGUUCUUCAUCAGCAUCCUCUCAUUAUUCAGCUACCACUGCUGGCUAGUUGGAAAAAAUAGAACAACCAUAGAAUCAUUCCGUUCACCUACAUUUUCGUAUGGACCUGAUGGAAAUGGUUUCUCUCUUGGAUAUAUUAAAAAUUGGAGACAAGUCUUUGGUGAUGAAAAGAAAUACUGGCUACUUCCAAUAUUUUCAAGUUUGGGAGAUGGUUGCAGUUUUCCAACUCGCCUUGUAGGGAUGGAUCCAGAACAAGCUUCUGUUACAAACCCAAGUGAAUAUGCCAGAAGUAUUGGCUCAAAUCAACCUUUUCCUACCAAACCACUCAGUGAGUCAAAGAACCGUUUGUUGGACAGUGAAUCUCAGUGGCCAGAAAAUGGAGCUGAAGAAGGUGUCGCCAGAGCAGGGACAAAUAACCAUGUUACAGUGGCAAUAGAAAAUUGAGUACCACUUGUUCAUAACUAACCAUUUGAUAAUUUCAAGGUAUAUAAAAACAUUGUGGACUAAUGCUUUCUAUUUUAUUUGCAAGAAAGUGAUCAUCAGAAUGAAAUAAUUCAAGUAUAACAGAAGAUAUAUUUUUUUUUAAAAAAGGAAGCCUUUAUGCAGUUUGCUGGAUCCACAGAAGCACUACAGAGCAGAAAGAUGCCUUAAUUCAUGUGUCCACUUGUGCAACAUUGACUCGCAGCUCAAAAGUGACUUACUUUUACUUUGGAAAUAACAUGUACCUGUCAUCAGAUGCUACGUUAUGAGCUAUUGUCACAUAUUAAUAUGACAUGUGUAUUUUCUUGAUACCUGACUUAGAAUAUUAGAGUUCUUAGUAGCCAUAUAAAUUGUCCUUCCAAAAACAUAAACUAAAAACUUAAGUACAUCUAGGCCAGUUGGCAGCUGAAAGUGAAUAAUACCCUAAUUACUCUUGCUUGUACUGUGUAAGGGAAAAGAAAAUAACUGCUUUUUAAAAUUGGGUGUUUGCUAAUUUAUAAUUACUAUUUUAUACUUUUCAACAUUUUUAAUACAGUUUUUUUUAUUGUUGGCUAUAAAAAUAACACUCAAGUAUUCAGAUGCCUAAAUGUAUAAUCAUUUAGAAUAUAGAACACACUGGUAUAACUCAUUGAUGGCUUAGUAAGAAGCAUUAAUACAAUGGUAUACUGUAGUAUAGUGCAUUCACAUGGGAAACAUUUGGCAGUACAUGAAAUGUUUUAGGUCCUCACUGCUGCUUGAUUACUGUCUGUUGAAUUUUCAGGGGUAUUUAUAUGGGGCAGGGAAACAAAGGUAUAUAUGCCAUAGAUUAGAAGCGACUAGAAGAGAAAGAAUAGGCAGGAUACUAUAAAUGGCUUAAAUAUUCUCAGUCUUAAAAGUAUUUAGAAUGUUACUGAGUUGACUUUUCAGAUUUCCUUUUUGAUAAUAACUAAAAAUUACUGUGAUACUUUUUAUAGUAUUCCUGUAACAGGAUCGUUCAAAUCGAACAACUUCAGAAUAAUAGAGCUCUCAGGAAGAAAUUUAAAACCCUGAGUAGUCACUUAAAUUCCCAGUCUCAAGCCAAAAUCCUAAGAGCAAGCCCCGUCUCAUGGGAAGUACUUUUUUUAAAAUCUAGGCUCAGUGGCAGCAGUGGGUAUGUUCCAGAGCAUAGUACAGUGUGCUAUAAAAUACAAUGUAAAAAUAUUAUUCCUUAUUUAUACUGCUUAAUCAAACACACAAGCCCACAAUGAUUGCUUCCCAAAGGCAGGCAGAGAUCUUACCAGCACCUGUAGGUAGAUAUGACAGGUUGGCCUGUAAAUGGAUCACAGGAGAAAGAGGGUGCCUUUGAGGUGCUGGACCCCAUGGCUUCUGCAGUGCCAAGUUUUGCUUCUCAUUCUUCCAACAAGUAUUUGGGGAGUACCUUCUGUACAUUGAUCAGGAUGCAAAGGUUUCCUAGUCCUCCAUAAACCAGAUAGUGGCUACUCCAGUUUAUUUGGUUUUGUUUUGUUUGUUUUUUAUUACUGUUUGCAGUCUGUGUCUGGACUCUUGGCCUACACCAGUGAAGAGAGUUGUUUGGUUAUCUGUGCCCUGGUUGCUAAGUGCAUAUGUGUUCUUUUAUAACACUUCAGCAAAGUCCUUCAUCUUCUCUACUCAUGAGUGCCUGUUUAAGGGUAGCUUAGAAAUAGUCUCAUCUCUUUUGUGAUCUGCUGAGAUAGAGCAUCUUUUGAUAACUAAUCAUCCCUGUGAGUUGAUCAUCUUCAGAGCAUUAGCAACUUUACACAAAUUUGAGAGUUUUGCCCAAGUGAGGUCUUCAUUACCUUUAAGCUGAAAUAGUUGGAGAAAGGGGAGGUUUCAUCCUGUAGGAGACAGUUUUCAACAGCUUAGAAUUGUGUAAUUUCUCAGCCUUCUAGAAGUGUGCCUGCAUGAUUAAGCCUUUCUGUAAACAGCUUUUCAUGGUGCUGUAUGGAGUCAUUUCAAAGAAGGUGGCAACCUGUUUGAACUGGUUCAUCCAGUGGGCAAAUGGACCCAAACAGUGCAUGUUGAGGCCUUCAGUUGCAAACCAUGUUGCUACUUCUUUGAAAUCCAGAGUUAGAUUUAGAUCAUCAGCAGGUACAGGGACCUCCUGGUUUGCUUGUUGCAAAGAGGUCUUUGAACUUUGUGGUUAUCUAUUACAUGGGGCUAUAGCUUGCCUUCCUUAACAUAAAGUAAAUACUUGGAAAGGCAGCCUUUACAAUCUGGCACUUAAUGCUCACAGACAUAACAUCCUCCCACCCUUUAAUCCAAGGUGCAGAGUUCCCUUUUCCAUUGUGAAGUGACCCAUCCUUUCCUGUUCUAUUACAACCUCAUAUUGUUGAGUGACUCAUAAGAAGCAUGUUCCCAAUGACUUGAGACUGCUCCUCCAGGGGCUGUAGCCUUUGCUUUAGUGAUCCAGGCUAUUGCCAUACAGGAAGCAGACAAAAAGCACUUUGUCUUCUUCAAAGUAAUGUCUGUUUCACUGAUGGCACCUAUUCUGUGUGACAUUGUAUUUGUAUCCCCCUAGUUUACAAUUGAAAGGAUUUGUUGGAUUUUCACUAUACUAAUAUUAAAUCUUACUAGGUAACUUCUCCCCCUUUUGGACUAAAAACUGCAUUAGCUUUGAAGACAUUGUUCCGAGUACUAUAAUAUAGAUUCUUCUACCUUUGUUUCAACACUUAAUUGUAACAAUCUUGAUUCUGCAAAACUAGGCUGAGAGUUAAAAGAGAUCAAUUACCAACCAAAAACAUAACUUCAGUUUGAUGGUUUACAUAAUUAUAAGGGAUUAGUAAAUACUUAAACAUACUUGAUCACUUUCAGAAACAUUCUGGUCCUUUUGUAUUUGUGCAUGUAAAUCAAAGGAUUUGCAUGCAUUUGGCUGACAAGUAAGGAAGAAAUUUCCCCUUAAACCUAUAUUCAGGAAUUUAUGUGGAAUUAUCAUCUUUCUGACUUUUCAUUAGCUAUUUAUCCUCUUAAAUAGCAUAGUAAACACCUUUUCUGAAUUUUUUUAAAGCUUUAGUUACUUUAACCUAUAGCCAACAUUUUUGCCAUAUUUAGCCUUUCUCCCACCCCAGUACUGGGCAUUGACUCCAGCACUGAGUAGUAUUCCUAGCCGAGGCUGAAGUUAUUCAUACAUAUUAGUGGCCAUUCUUUAAGAGCCUUCAAGUGGCAUGGGAAUCAGGGAAAGGCUGCCUCUUUGGUUAUUCAACUGGUAUUGAAUAAAUGCUCAAUUGUUUGAAGAGCCAAGGUUAAAUGACACCUUACCAAAAUUUCUAGUUACUAUCUUUUAUCCUUCAAGCACUUGAACAUCUGUGAUGAUACUUAAAGAAAAGGAAGUAAAAUUUCAGGUUUUGCCAUUGCCAUUAAACACCAACUAGACAAGAGUUGUUUUAGCUGGGUAAAGAUUUACUUGAUUAUUCAGUACCUGAGGCCUCUAAUCAGUAUCAUUAUGCCAAACCAAAGAGCAGCUGCAGUGUAUUAAUUAAAAAUGAACAUGUUUACAAUGCUUAGUUUCACCUUUCCAUAAGGAUGACUUUUU